AUGCGUUCAACGCGUGCCACUGGGAAGAUAUUGGGAGUUAGCAGCGAUCCGAAGCGCAGCAACGAGACGGGCUCACUUUCUAGCGUAACCAUUGAGCCACAUCUGAUAAAUUCAGCCACCACAAAUGCAUCUAAAGUUUCCGAAACUAGUACCAGUGUGGUACCUGACAUAUCCGCUGCCACCAUACAUGACGUCGCCGCUGUUGCCGCACCUAGUGCUACUGCUGCACCUAGUGCUUCUGCCGCACCUAUUGCUCCUGGUGUGCCUAGUGUUCCUGCUGGACCUAUUGCUUUUGCUGCACCUAGUGCUCCUGCUGCCGCUUUAUCCGCUGCCAUAACGCCUUGUGAUCCCGCCGCCACUUUAUCUGCCGUUCCCGCCGCCGCUGUACAUGAUGUUGCUGUUCCCGAUUUGCGUGCUACCGCUGUACCUGAAACUCCGACUGAUGGCGGUUCCGCUGAAACCGCGCCCGAAACUACCGCUGCCACCGCACCGGCUGCUCCCGGUACUGCUGUAUAUUAUGGCGCCGGAACAUCUGCUUAUAAUACUGGCUCCGAUUUCGCCUCAGUUGCUAUAUCUCCUUUUGGGGAAACCAACCAGUUGGAGCAGCAAAUAAGGGUCUUAAAACUGCGCCGCGAAGUCAUGGAACUUCAAGGUCAGUUGCAAUAG